AGAAAAGGGGGUCAAUCCAGAGACCUCACGGUUAAGAAUGGAGAGGAAAAGAUGUUCGAGGAAAAGUACCAGACAAGAAACGGCGCCUCCCGCUGCCACAGCAGAAAAAUCACAGCCUGGUGCAUCCCCCCAACAACAUAUAAGAAGAAGCUCCGCCCGAUGUCAUUCGCGCAUCAAAGAGGAUCCGCCGCCGGGCUGCCUUCCGCCCGCUUAGUUCGCUUCUUCCUUCUACCCCACUUCCCCACUCCUCAUUUACCGGGUCGCUCUCUGCCCCCCUUUUUCCCGCCGAAAACAGGAAAACCACUUCCUUUUUAUCUCCUUUUACUCUCGCCGCUUCCGCUGAAAACUACGUGCUGCCAGCGAUCCGCCCACCUACCUCCGCCCACCACCCGUUCAACAAAACUCCCCCCUCCUACCGAAACAAAAACCCUUGGAAAGAUCUCUCCUUGAGAUCGUUUCCGUUCUUGUUCUUUUCUUGGUUUCUUGACCCGCAUGACGGAUCUUUGGUUGGUCUGAGGUGGGGGCGAGCGAUGGCUGUGAAGGCGAUUGGGACGUGGGUUGGGGGGUUCUACCAGACGGGGCGGAGAGAUGUUGGAAGUUGGAGUUCUGGUGCCGGUGCGGCAGCGCGUCCGAAUUGGAGGUUGGAGGUGUCGAGAGCCGAAGGGAGGUUGGAGUGCGCGGGAGUCUGCGUGAAGCCCGUGGAGGAUGUGAAGAGUGUGGAAGAUGAGGACUUGUCAUCCGCGUGUCCUUCAUCGGAGGUUGCUGGAGGGGCGGGGAAUGGGGGUGCAGAGGAGCAGCCCAGGAGGUUGAACAGGGAUCUCCCAAAACCAUUAUCUUUAACUGAUCUAACUGUUUCUAGCCAUGGAUCUAAUGUGCGUGUAGCAUAUCAGGGCUCUCCGGGUGCAUUCAGCGAGGCAGCUGCCCUCAAAGCAUACCCACAGUGUGUAGCUGUGCCCUGUGAACAGUUUGAAGUUGCGUUCAAGGCUGUUGAACUUUGGCUAGUUGAUAAAGCAGUUCUUCCAAUUGAGAAUUCUGUAGGCGGAAGCAUUCAUAGGAACUAUGACUUGCUUCUAUGCCAUAGGUUGCACAUUGUGGGUGAGGUGCAGAUGGCUGUUAAUCACUGCCUUAUGGCUCUGCCAGGCGUGCAAAAGGAGGAGCUAAAACGCAUUUUAAGCCACCCGCAGGCACUUGCUCAGUGUGAGAUUGCACUGGGCAAGUUAGGUGUUAUUCGAGAAACCGUUGAUGAUACUGCUCUUGCGGCUCAGCUUGUAGCCUCAAAUGGUUUAAAGGAUGCUGGAGCAAUUGCAAGUGCCCGAGCUGCAGAAAUAUAUGGGCUUAAGAUAGUUGAUGAAACGAUUCAGGAUACCUCCGAGAACAUUACUCGUUUUCUUAUUUUGGCCAGGGAACCUAUAAUUCCUAGAACAGAUAGACCCUUUAAGACAAGUGUUGUCUUCACUCUUGAAGAAGGUCCUGGAGUAUUAUUUAAAGCCUUGGCGGUAUUUGCAGUGAGGAGUAUUAAUCUGACAAAGAUUGAAAGCAGGCCACAAAGAAAGCGCCCUUUAAGGGUGGUUGAUGAUUCAAACUAUGGCACUGCAAAGUACUUCGAUUAUCUAUUCUACAUUGAUUUUGAAGCGUCGAUGGCUGAGCCUCGUGCACAAAAUGCCUUGGCUCACCUGCAGGAUGCUCAUAAUUGGCUAUGGUUUGGAUUCGCGGGAAAUUGCAACGUUCCUUCGAGUUCUUGGCUCUUAUCCGAUGGACACAUCAUCUCUGUAAACAUCUUCCUUUGUGGACAUAUGCGCUGUCUAUAUUGCUGUGUCAGGACCCAGACAAAGUCAGUUCAUACACAAGUUCUUUACUGCCAGGCUUUACCCAAGCAGGCUGAGCAAGGGGACUGUACUAGCAGCUAUGAACUGCACAAGUGUCUGACUGCAACAUCUUUCUUCUUUCUAAGUUCACGUCGAGCCUUUGUGAGCUUAUCAUUCAGCUUCAUCAACACUUGUAUAUGAUCAAAUUAUUUUUUAAACUUACUAUGCCUCUUUGAUGCCAUUGAGAUUUUGGAAUGCAGCAACCCCCCAAGAGGAGAUUAAGCAGCUGAUUGGCCGAUCAUUGGUUUAAACUUGUUCACAGGACUGCCAAGAUACCUCUCAAAUUUAUCAUCUUUUUUGCUUUCCAUUCAUUUACCUUCAAUCAUAGGUAUUAUCCCAAAAAUGGGGUCCUUGACGCAUGUGUUAAGCAUGUGUUUUUUUUCCUAAUAUUUGAGUCUCGGUUGUCUGAUUUGGUGCACCAGAUCUUAAAGAGAGACUUAUAAAUUUGCUCUGGCACUAGUUUCAUGAAUUUAUUAUUCUUGUACUUGAAUGUUGAAAUUCUAUGACGUGCUGUUCUUGCUUUUGUUGAUGCAACAUUAUGAAUGCCUCUAAUUGGUGCAUUUUGUCAUUCUGAUUUAUAUUAACUAAAAUUCUUAGUUUAUCU